AUGCAGAUUCGGAGGUUAGCGAGAGGACUGCAGGGCGCGCAAGAUUUGGGACUCGUAGCAGGAUCAUUAUUGGCAGCUCUUAUUAUCUCUUACUCCGGGGCAACCCAAGAUGAUAUACAUUCGCAUAGGGUAUCACAUGGGUAUAGCAUAUUAGGCGUGCCAGGAAACUUAUCCGAAUUGUCGCUAUACUUGUCAUUGGAUGAUGCUUACGCCUUGGAUGAAAGUGGUGAAAGAGUUUGCGGAGCUUUGGCUUGUCCCGUCAGAUAUACUGCUCAUUAUAACGGAAGCGUAGUGGACAGUGCUCUAAUUGACGAAACAAGUUGGGUCCUUAAUGGUAGCGCCGAUGUUGUACCGAGAUCUACUGCCGGAUUAUUGGCAGGACUAUUCGGAGGAUUGGCAGUAUUGGCAUUGGUCAUCACAUGCGUUUUCAUUGAUCACAUUCGGGUGCCGCCUGACCCUCCGGAUCGAGCUGGACCCUUAAGAGAAUUUCGCGAUAGCUUGGCUGAUAUGAGAUUGAGGUUAGCAGCACCAUUAGCAGUAUUCAUAGGAUUGGAACAGGCAUUUAUGUAUGCAGAUUUUACAAAGUCGUACGUAUCCUGCGCUAUGGGCCCUAAGGGAAUCUGUAUGGUAUUCCUAGCCCUCGGACUAUUGCAAUCCGUAGCCGCAUCUACGCUAAGCAUGUUUCUCAGGCAUGUUAAGCGUGCCGUUGUGAUAGUGGCCGGAUUCCUCUUCCAUGCUUGCCUGCUACUGGCACUUUCAACCUGGAAACCAUCUGCUGAAGAUUCUGCAUUGUUUUAUGUCAUAGCGGCAUGCUGGGGCGUAUGCAAUGCAGUUUGGGAAACACUAAAUUUUGCUCUUCUAAGUCAGACUUUGAUGACCACGUCAUGCUGGGCACACUCUAUAGCAUUUCGAAAUUUCGGUCUAGCUGUCGGAUUUACGCUGCAUGGAAUUCUUUGCGAGAAAUAUAAAUUAUUAGGCCUUGCAAUAGGCCUAUUAAUAUCGGUACCUCCAUAUGCAUAUCUAGAACUGAAAUGCGAAAAAGACCGUGGAGAAAGACAAUCUAUGAAUUUGUGA